CAGGAAGUUUAUGAUUUGUUGACAAAAUGGCCGAAUUUUAAAGAAAUUUCAGCAACGAAACAUAAACGAGAUCCAAAAAUGUCAAAGAGUCCACUUAAUAACGCACAAAAAGAGGCAGAUUCCAUAAAGAAAUCGGUUGAAAAAUUAGUUAAAGAAAGCAACAAAACAAUAAAAAAUACCAAACUUCAAGAUAAAGAUGUAAAACAGAAACAAUUGUAUCUAGAGUGCCGCCGACUGAAAGCAGAGGUUACCAAACAUCUAGCUAAAACUGAAGCCUUAAAUGCUAAUGAUGAACCAAAGAAAGUUAAAAAUUAUGACAACAAAAAGGGAUUUGAAGUGAAUAGAUUAGGGAUUUUUCAGAAUCAGUUGUCCCAGGUUAUGCCCAAACUUUGUCCAGAGGAAAAGGAAGAAGAAUUUAUUCAACAAUUGAUUAAAAAUGGUGAAAUUUCUAAUGGAGAGGCUUCUAAUGAAGAUCAAGGAGGUGUUGAAAAGGUGGAAGAAAAUAAAGAAGAAAGAGAGGAAGACGAUCAACAACCAGGUUUAGAUGCAAUUCAAGAAGAAGAAGAAAAUAUAUCAGCUUCGGAUGAACAUGAAAAGGUUGCUAAAGAAGACAAAAAUAAGGACAAAAAAGAUAAGAAAAAGAAGGAUAAGAAGAAAAAAGAUAAAGACAAUGAUAAGGAAUCAAAUAGUGAAGAUAAAAGGGACAUGAAAGCUAAAGAUAAGGAUAAGAAAGAUGAAGAGAAGUCAAAAAAAGAUAAAGACAAAACAGAUAAGGAUAAAAACAAAACAGAUAAGGAUAAAGACAAAACAGAUAAGGGUAAAGAUAAAAAAGAUAAAGAUAAGAAAGGUAAAGAUAACAUAUCUAUAGAAGAAAUUAAAGAUAAAGCAAAAGCACAAAUCAGUGAGGAUGAAGAUAGUGGAGAUGAAGAUAUAGAAGAAGAAAUAGAUGAAGAGAUUGCUGAAGAUAUAGAAGGAGAUGAUGAAGAAGAAGAAAGUGAAGAAGAAGAAAGUGAAGAAGAAGAGGAGGAAGUUGUUGUGAAAAAAGUAGCAAGUACACCAGUACAAGCCAAACCCAGAAAAAGCCUCUUGAAAGCCGAAGAAACUGUUCAAGAUAUAAAAGCUGUUGAGAGUGAAGAAGAUGAAGAAUCAGAAGAAGAAGAUGGGAUAGAUGACGAAGAUGAAGUAGAUAAUAAGGUUGAACAAAAAAUAACUAAUCAGCAAAUACAACAAGCACUACCUACAGCAAAAAAAGAUGAUGAAGAUGAUGAUGAGGAGGAGGAGGAAGAUGAUGAGGAGGAGGAAGAAGAAGAAGAAGAAGAAGAAGAGGAAGAGGAGGAGGAAGAAGAGGAAGAGGAGGAGGAAGAAGAAGAAGAGGAAGAGGAGGAGGGAGAUGUAGAAGACAAUACAGACCUUGAAGUAACACAACCUACAUCUAGAUUCGAAGUGAUUGAAGAUUUUGAUGCAGAAGCAGAUGGAGAUCUUACUGUUAAAAAAGGAGAAAUAAUCCGUAUUGUUGAAACUAGAGAAGAUGGGUGGUGGAAGGCAGAGAAUGAAAAGGGUGACGAAGGAUUAGUUCCUAAAACUUAUCUUCAGAUGUUUAAUCCAUAUAAAGAUGUACAACAAGAUGAUGAAGAUAAAGAGAAGGAAAUGGUACAUGAGGAAGAUGACGAUGAAGAAGGUGCAUUGCAAGAAGGAGAGGAUAAUAAAGACGGUAAAACACCCACAUCAAAGCGAAGUGGAAAAGAAUUAUGGGGAAGUUUGAGGAAGACUGUAAAUGAGACAUUGGUGUCUGAUGUAUUACAUGCUAUGGGUGCUGGACCAUCAGGAUUUAGGCUGCCAACAUUAUCUAAAUAUUUUAAUGACAGUGAUAAGUUUAGGAUGAAGAAUUUUCUGGCUCCUAAACUCAGCACAUCCAAUCUUAGCUACAGAGAUCUAUUCUUCAAUCCUGCAACGGGUCAGAUGAGGGCUACACAUGUUAGAUUAGAAAAAGUUAUAACUAUAUCUGGUUGUCAACAGAUACCACCUCCUGCAGCAGGUAUCAUUGUACAAAGAAGAUAUGUCAGAAUGUGUUUAUUUGAUGGAAUGAAUGUUUUAAGUAAUAUUCAUACAGUAAGAGUAGCAGCAGAAGAUAAAACAGAAAGGAAUUGGUCUUUUAAUAAUAGAAUAACAGAUGUUAUGGAUGUACAGUUACACAAUGAAUUUUUUAUAAGAACUAACAGUACAGAGAAAAAUGUUGGUGUAUUAUUUGAGUUAUGUAUAUCAUGUGUAAAACAGAAAACUGAAGAGAGAGGAGAAUUUAGUUGUGGUUGGGUUUUAUUGCCAUUAAUAGAUGACACUGGUGUACCAAUAGCAAAUAAAAACUAUGAUCUAUAUGUACAUGGUGGUACACCAUACGAAAGAGAUGUUGAAGUUGAUCCUAGUAUUAGUAGAAGAGCAAGUAGUAAUGCCCUGGUAUCAUUAAUAUCUGGUAAUAAACAACCUCGUAUUACAGUUAGAGUAGGAUUACCAUCUAAAGAUCAAAAACUACAACUUGACCUUUUACCUGAAACAUUAGUGGGUGAUAUGUGUUUAUUAAAUCAUUAUAGCUUCUAUAGACAAAUAUUAGCUGAUUCACUUAUUAUAAACAGAUUAGACCUAGAUUCUACUGAACCUAUUCAUAGUCCAUUUUUAAAUCUGUUCCCACAAGUAGGAGAUCAACCUGAUUUAAUGAGUUUAUUUAGGGAAAGUUGGGUUACAAAAUUAAAAACAGUUAAAAGGGCAGAAAAGCCAAGUUUCUUCUUUAAUUUAAGUAAAUUGAGAGAUAGUGAAGCUAUGAAGAGAAUGUUUCAAGAUGUAUUUUUGGAAUCUGUUUAUCCUGUUAUUAGUUCCAGUAAUUUAGUAGCUUAUAAAACAGGCAAUACAGAAAUUGAAAUGAAAAGAAAGAAUGCUAUACAGAAAAUAGUUCAAGUUAAGAGAGAGAGAAAGAGUGCUUUAGCAGUUCUAUUAGCAUCCGAUAUUGUUUAUACUCCAUUUGAAAUGUCUGAAGUAACAUUUAAUGUUAUUGGGCCACACAGUUUAUCAGAAAAAUUGGUUCCAAUUCCAGUAGAAGCAUGAAAUAUCAAAUGGAAUUUAAAAAGCCGAAAGAGACCUACAUAGAUAUUAAACAAAUCCUGUUACAUUUUAUUUAGUGAUCUUUUUAUUUUAAAAUAUUGAUUUAUCUUAAUUUAUUUUAAUUUUAAAAUAUUGAUUUAUUUUAAUUUUAAAAUAUUGAUUUAUUUUAAUUUUAAAAUAUUGAUUUAUUUUAAAAUCAAUACUCUUUUUAAUCAUCCGCAUUUUAAUGUGAUUGUGUAUUAUUGUUUAAUAUUGACAUUUUCUAUGAUUACAAUAGUUCAAGUUGACAAUCAAAAUGAUGCUCUCUGGGCCUACACAAUGAUCUCGUAUGUUUUUUAUCAACCUACCAGCUGGUGUGUCACUGUCAACAGUACUGACCUUUAUACUUUUUAAAAUAAUGUACUUGUAUGCUGUUAAAUUUGAGCACAUUUGUUAAAAUUAAUCACAUACUUUUUCUGGCCAUUUGUAUUAAUUUUGAAGGUUCUUAGUAUCAGAAUGUUGAACAGUUAAUUGAUCUGGUUCUUAUAGGGUAUGACCAAGUCGAGCGUAGAUGUAAAGAAGAAUAUUUAAAAUUGAGUAAAUCAGUUUCAUUUUCUGAUGCUAAUAUAGUUGUAUAAAAUAUAAAGUAAUUGUAUUACUGUCUUUUCUGAGACAUAUACUUGUCACUUUUUUAAAAGGUAGGCCUAUCUGUCAAGUCUCUGAUCAUUCUCAUUCCCGUCCAAAAUUCUCAAUAUCUGUGAUUUGUAAGUCUACUGUAUGUAAUAUGUAUGUAAUAUGUUUUAUUUAUUUAUAUUUUUACAUUAAAAUGAAAUAUGUAGUUAACAAAAAUAAUAAUAAUAGAAAAUAAAUUGUACUUUAUAACAUG